AGCCCUCUCCGCUCUGUCAGAGAGGCUAAAGGUUUACCGGCCACUGUACCGGUCGAUCUCUCAAGCUCUCCCAACUGAGAUUUUAUUUACCCCCACUCCCACUCAACUGACACCUAUGUCUUUGAAACAGGUGGACACAGGUGGCAAACGAGCACAGCAAGGUCACACCACGACUUGGUGAAGAUCCCGCCAUUGGAUUUUCUCAAUUCUGGUUAGAGCUGACUUUCAGAGGACUGAAACGUUUGAAGCUUUGUUUGAUUGCUGCCAAAGAGUUGCCUUCUUCUGCUAAAGAGUGACCAUGUGGGAGUUCCGGUCCAUGAGUUUUUGGAGGGCGGUCUUUGCAGAGUUCUUCGGGACCAUGUUCUUUGUAUUUUUUGGCCUGGGUGCCGCCCUCCGCUGGACCACCGGGCCUCAUCACAUUCUACAUGUGGCCUUGUGCUUCGGCUUGGCAGCUGCCACCCUCAUCCAGUCCAUCGGCCACAUCAGCGGCGGCCAUAUUAACCCUGCCGUUACCUUCGCCUACCUGGUCGGGGCCCAGCUGUCUCUUUUCCGUGCUAUUUUCUAUAUCAUCGCCCAGUGCCUUGGCGCGGUUGCCGGCGCUGCCGUGCUGUAUGGGGUCACACCUGGCAACAUGAGGGGCAACCUGGCACUGAACACGCUGCAGCCUGGUGUCAGUCUAGGGAUGGCCACCACCGUGGAGGUGUUCCUCACCAUGCAGCUUGUGGUGUGCAUCUUCGCUGUGACCGAUGAGAGGAGAAACGGUCGCCUGGGUUCCGCCGCCCUCUCGAUCGGCUUCUCCAUCACCAUCGGACAUCUCUUGGGGAUGUACUACACGGGUGCCGGCAUGAACCCCGCCAGGUCCUUCGCUCCUGCGGUCCUGUUCAGAAACUUUGUCAACCACUGGGUCUACUGGGUGGGACCCAUAAUUGGCGGCGCCAUGGGCGCCCUCCUGUACGAUUUCAUUCUGUUCCCACGUAUGAGGGGUCUGACCGAGCGCCUGGCCACGUUGAAGGGCAGUCAACCCCCGGAGAGAGAGACCCAGCAGGAAACCCGCGGGGAGCCCAUCGAACUCAAGACGCAAGCCUUGUAAACCCGAACCCUCCCUCGGCACCCGUAGACCCACCUGGGGCUGAGAAAAGAGGCACACGGCCCCCGCCUCCACUGCUCAUCAACCUACAUGAAAACUAACAAGACAACAGUCAGAUCUCCCCCUCUAAGUCCUUACUCUGUAUUCAGAAGGGACUUUGUGUUUGCGAUAAAAGGCAGGCCUGCUUCUGUGAUGAGGUGCGGGUGAUGGUGCAGCAGAGGGGUGCAGGGCGUGGGUGGGCAACACUCUGGGUUUGUGCUUCUUUCCAACUUAGAUCAGUGAAGAUGGGUGUGGUUUCCUACAUGCAGCUCACAUAAUCGCCAGUGUAUUUUUUUUUCCAGCUUCAUUUUGUUUUCUGCACUUCAGACACAAGACGGUGAUGUAUGAUUACCAGGAUUUUACAUUUUACAAAUGGCUACAUUUUAUGUGUGUGUGAGCAUUGUUGUGUGAGAGUGAAUGUGUGCGCCAGCUUGUAUAUGCGAGUGUCUUUGCAAGUGUGCAUGUGUGUUUGUGUGUGUUUGUGUGUGCGUGCGUGUGAGAAAGAUGAAGAUUGCCGAUACAGUACCUCUUUUUUUCUCAUUUUCAUUGCAGCUCCACUGUUUUGUACCAAUCACUAUUCAUUUUUUGUAAGCCCUUUUUAAGACAUGACACAUGGCCUCCCAUCACUGUGAUAUUUGUGAUGAUACCCAUUCUCACAUAAACCCAUCUCUAUGCACCCCCCCCCCCCCCCCCCCCCCCCCCAUCUUAACCAGCACAAAAGGAAAUGUAGACUCUUGAGAAUUGGAGAGGUCUGUUACUACAGACCAACAGUGCCAGCUUUAUAUUGUCUAUUAUUAUUAUUUUAUCCUAACUGGGAUUACAAACGUGUUUCAAUAAAUUUUCAAUAAAUAUGCAACUAUUACACGA